GAGAGAAAGAUGGGCAGCAGUCAUUUCAGCUUUCUUCUUCUUCUUCUUCCCUGGAAAAAGAGAAAUGGAGGUGAAAACAGAGCAAAAGAAAGCUCAUUGCUUGGUUGUCCCAUAUCCAUUACAGGGCCAUAUAAACCCUAUGCUCCAAUUCGCCAAAAGACUUGAGCACAAAGGUAUAAAGGUAACUUUCGUCAUGACCAAUUACAUGCUCGGUAAAUCCAAGCAGCAAAUUUCAACCUCAAUCUCCGUCGACACAUUCUCCGACGGCUACGACGAACGCGACGGCGACCUAGCAGACCAAUUAGAGAAUUACGUCUCCCGAUUCCGUGACGUGGGAUCCAAAACGCUCACCGCUCUUGUCGAGAAGCUGCGAUUGGAGGGUGUACGCGUAGACUGCAUAGUUUACGAUGCGUUCAUACCUUGGAUACUCGAUGUCGCUAAACAACUUGGAUUGAUUGGUGCGGCUUUCUUCACUCAGUCAUGCGCUGUCGACACUGUUUAUUAUCAUGUCUAUGAAGGACUCCUCAAGGCUCCUUUCUCUGAAACCGAUCCCCCAUCGUCGGAAAUCGUUCUUCCUGGGUUGCCGCCGUUAAUGCCCUUUGAUAUGCCGUCUUUCCUUGCCCCAAAUUGGCCGCACCCUUAUUUCCUCAAUUGGCUUACCAGUCAGUAUGGUAAUCUCAAACAAGCUGAUUGGGUUCUCUGUAAUAGCUUCUACAUGUUGGAGAAAGAGACAAUUGACUGGUUGAGUGAAUUUUGGAGUGUGAAGACAAUUGGACCGACAAUACCAUCAAUGUACCUAGACAAGCAAUUACAAGGAGACGUAGAUUACGGCGUCAGCAUCUUCAAACCAGAAAUUGACGCCUGUCUCAACUGGCUCAACCAAAAGCCAAUUGGAUCGGUUGUUUACGUUUCCUUUGGGAGUAUGGCGAUUAUGACAAACCAACAAAUGGAAGAAAUGAUAGCAGCUUUCAGGGCUAGUAAAUUCUAUAUCAUGUGGGUUGUCAGGGCAACCGAAGAGGCCAAAUUACCUGAGAAUGCAAAACAAGACAUGUCGGAGUUUGUCCUCAUUGUGCCGUGGUGCAGACAGCUCGAUGUUUUGGCACACAAAUCGAUAGGUUGUUUCAUGACUCACGGAGGAUGGAACUCCACGUUGGAGGCUAUCAGCCUUGGGGUUCCUAUGGUGGUAAUGCCGUUUUGGAGUGACCAACCGACAAACGCUAAGUAUGUUUCUGAUGUAUGGAAAAUUGGAGUUAGAGUUGAGAUAAACGGUUAUAUCGGUCUUGGCGGUAAAAUUGUGGGUAGAGAGGAGAUUGAGCGUUGCCUUAAGGAGGCGAUGGAAGGAGAGAAGGCGGAAGAUUUGAGAAGAAAUGCUGUCAAAUUGAAGGAAUUGGCGAUCGAGGCCAUGGAAGAAGGUGGAAGUUCAGAUAAUAAUAUUGAUGAUUUUAUUGCUUCCUUUCUUUCCUCUUGAAUCAUUAUUGAAUUUUGAUUUCAACUUGUAUUUUGUGGUAAUUGAAAAUUAUUACUUUGGUUUA